AUGUCCACGCGGAAAGAGCCACCGAAGGUUCUUAAAGGCGCCGCCUAUACGGAGUGCAGUCCCAUAUCUGAUGUUUCUCAUCACAAGGCUUCCGCAAGCAAGGCAUUUCUGGAAAAUCAUUACCGUGGGAUGUUGCGUGACACCCGAAGUGGAAACACCGCGCGCCCCGUUGGCCCUCGCCCGAGGGAACCAUGUGUGGACGACUUUGUGCUCGUCAAACGCAUCGGGAAGGGUGCUUUUGGUGAGGUGUACCUUUGCUAUAAAAAAUAUGACAACGACAAACAGUUAUAUGCACUAAAGCGAAUGCGCAAGACGGAUAUGAUACGCAAGAAGCAGAUUUCGCACGUUCGUUCGGAGAAGGAUGUGAUGGCCGAAGCGGCGUCCACAAAUCCGUGGGUGGUGAAACUGUACCUCAGUUUCCAGGAUGAACAAUACUUAUAUAUGGUGAUGGAGUACAUGCCAGGUGGUGAUAUGAUCUCAUGGUUGUGCAUCAAACAGCGGUUUGACGUAGAGAGCACACGGUUUUAUAUUGCUGAGCUGUGCGCUGCGGUUGCAAGUGUUCAUGACAUGUUCUUCGUUCAUCGUGAUAUCAAACCCGAUAACAUUCUUUUGGACGCCAAAGGGCACAUCAAGCUAACUGACUUCGGGCUUUCCAAGCGUUUCGCAAAGGUAGGAGAGGAACUUCUUGACUUAGAGGAGGGCAACGACGCCUUGUGUAGUAGCAAUAGCAGUGCAAACCUGUCAAAUACCUGCGGUUCCACCUGCCAAGGGCCAAAUUCCGUACCAGUCGUAUCCCCCCACAACCCCCACUCACCCACUGCAAACUACAAUAGUUUGACACCUGCCGGGUCUCAUGCCUCCGCACAUCCCCAGGCUCGUCGCAUCUUUGAAUCUAUUGUUGGUAGUCCGGGUUACAUCGCACCAGAGAUUCUUCUGCGACAGCGAUAUGGUGUGAACUGUGAUUGGUGGUCUGUUGGUGUUAUCAUGUAUGAAAUGCUUUACGGGAUCCCACCCUUCUUUUCCAGUGACACGAGCUCCACCUGUCACAAAAUAACACACUGGCGGGAGUACCUCACUUAUCCAUCAGAUCGUGGCGUCCCACCGGAGGCGACAGAUCUUUUGCGUCGCCUCAUGUGUGAUCAGCGGGAUCGUCUUGACUUUCAGGGCGUGAAGGAACAUCCUUUCUUUAAUGAUAUUGAUUGGGAGCGAUUGCGAGAGACUCCUCCGGCAUUUGUUCCUGAAUUAUCAGACCCACUCGACACGCAUUAUUUCCCUGAAGUAGAAGAUAAUACACCGCAGCAACAUCAUCAGCGACCGGAGGAACGCAACGCCGUCAGGGAAGUGGAUCCGCGGGGCGUGAUAUUUGCAGACUACAAAUUCAACCUCAAACGGUAA